GCUUUUAACCCCUCUGGAAUUGUCAACUGCCAUUGAAGUGUUAUUACCUUAGCCUUACCUAAGGUAAAGGAGCUAUCUGACUUUAUAAAAUAAUUAUUACUCCUACCUUAGGUAACCUACCGCAACUUGGGUUAAUCCACUACAGCUACGAACACCCCCAACAUACCAACAACAAUGGUGUUACCCGUUCCCCUAAUACGGCUCCAAUGCGGAGUGAAUUCCUACGAUUGGGGCAAGAUUGGCUCUGAAUCCGCUGCAGCUAAAUUCGCUGCCGCUACGGCCUCUGAUAACUUGAGUAUUGAGCCAGAUAAGCCAUACGCUGAGCUAUGGAUGGGUACUCAUCCUUCGAACCCUUCCAAGGAUCUUGAAUCCGGCCGUACCUUGCUCGAGCUCGUCGAAGAGAACCAGAUGCUCCUUUCCCCGUCCGUCAAGGCUAAAUAUGGCCCCAAGUUACCUUUCCUAUUCAAGGUGCUCUCUAUAAACAAGGCCCUCUCCAUCCAGGCCCAUCCCGACAAGAAACUUGCUGAGCAAUUGCAUGCGAAAGACCCCAAGAACUAUCCGGACGACAACCACAAGCCUGAGAUGGCCAUUGCCAUAACCGAUUUCGAGGGCUUGUGUGGAUUUCGCCCGCUUGGAGAGAUUGCUCACUUCUUAUCCUCCGUGCCAGCUCUCCGACAGUUAGUCGGAGAAGAUGCCGCAAAAGCAUUCAUCGCUACUGUUCGAGGACAGGAGAGCGAUGCUUCCUCGGAGUCUACUGCGCAGAAUAAGAGAGCUCUUCAGUCCACCUUCGCCGCUCUUAUGAAAUCCUCACAGGAAGAUGUGGCGUCGGCUGCAAAGUUACUGGUCUCAGACGCCGAGAGCAGAGGAAGCGAGUUUGCGGAUGGCGGAGUCGAGUCCACAAGCGGAGAAGUCAUGGCUGAGCUGGUAGUUCGACUGAAUAAGCAGUUCCCCGAUGAUAUUGGACUCUUCGUUUUAUUUUUCCUCAACUAUGUCAAGCUUUCCCCAGGCGAGGCCCUAUUUCUGAAAGCAGACGAUAUUCAUGCGUAUUUGUCGGGGGAUAUUAUCGAGUGUAUGGCAGCAAGCGACAACGUCGUGCGAGCCGGGUUUACGCCCAAGUUCAAGGAUGUUCAAACUUUGGUUGAUCUACUGACGUACAAUUACGCACCUAUCGAAGAGCAGAAGAUGUCGCCGAAGGAGUACCCGUACGUUGUACUUAACCGCACCGCGUAUAGCUCGGGUUCAGAGGUAACUCUGUACGAUCCACCGAUCGAUGAAUUUAGCGUCAUCAGGACGGUGCUCAAUGGUGAGGGAUCAAAGGCCACCUUCGACCCUAUCGAUGGACCAAGCAUUGUUAUCUGCACGGGAGGCAACGGGAAGAUAACGGUUGGGCCAAAGACGGAAGAGAUUAAGGAAGGUUACGUCUUUUUUGUUGGCGCCACAGCGGAGUUAACUUUAGAAUCUCAAGGAGGCCAAGACGACUCGUUCACGACGUUCAAGGCCUUCUGCGAAGUUGAUGACCAUAGCAAUGGGGCACAGCUAUAGCGAGUGUGAAAGUGAAUGUAAAAGAAGAAGGAAGACAAGUCAUUGUUCUCCCAGUUGCUAUUUUUUUUUUUAACCCCCGAGGUCAUUUUUGAUACUGGGCAAUUGUACCCCUUUUAAAUUUCCGAGCCUUCUUUGCCAUCACUUAGGUACAAUACUAGGUUAGGUACCUACCUACCUAAGGUACCUCUAUGUAGGCACGAUUAGCUCCCUGCAGGGGAGAAUCAUCCAAGCUACCACACCUUUAGCGUAAUGCGCUAGCUUUUAUGGAGUAGCUAAUAGCUGACAAUAGGUGUAAGUUUCCCCCCCCUAAAAGUAGCGGAAAUUGAACCAUUUUGAUGAUAACCUAA